UCAGACAAUAGUAAACAAAUGACCCAUGAACAAACCAGAAUUGUGAAAUAUGAUGUACAAACAGGUGACAUCAUCAAGAUUGUAGCUUUUGCAGGUACUGGUAAAACAUCUACACUAGUCACAUAUACCAAGAUGAGACCAAACAUAAGAUUUCUGAUGGUUGUCUAUAAUAAGUCUGUAAGUGAGUAUGCCAAGACACAGUUUCCUAGCAAUGUGGAGUGUAGAACAGGCCAUUCUUUGGCUUAUGGUGUUAGUGGCAUAAGAUAUAAAAAUGCUGGAAAAUUGAAUGACCUUAAAGUGUAUGGUGUAACGCAGGCUCUUCCUCCCAGAAAGGGAGAUAACAUAUAUACUAGAGCUAAGUUUGUCAUUGAUACUGUGAAAACGUUUAUAGCCUCAGCUGACCCCUGUAUUACAACAGCACAUGUACCAAAUGAAAGGAUGGGUGAAAAUGGUCAGUUGACAUAUAUAGAUUCAGACAAAAAAGAGAUCUAUGCCAAAGAUGCUAAGAUACUUUGGACCAAGAUGAUGAAUUUGAAUGAUAGAAGUGUUACAAUGUCACAUGAUGGCUACUUAAAGGUGUAUCAGUUGUCCAGGCCAACGUUAUGGGGCUAUGACUGUAUUUUAAUUGAUGAGGCACAAGACAUGUCUCCAGCUCUUGCUGAUAUACUUUUGAGUCAACCACAAGCUAAGAUAUUAGUAGGAGAUCCACAUCAACAGAUUUAUGCCUUCAGGGGAGCAGUUAAUGCCAUGGGACGAGUAACAGCAACUAAUGUCUUCUACCUCACUCAAUCUUUUAGAUUUGGACCAGAAAUUGCACAGGUAGCCAUGUGCUGUUUGGAAACAUUGAAAAGAGAGAAAAAGAAAACAAUUGUUGGAAAUGGAAAAAAGUGUGAAGUAACAGGAAACACAGUAGGUCAAGUGGCCAUUAUCUGUAGAACAAAUGCCACUGUUUUUGAUGAAGCUGUCAAGAUAUGUCGCAUGAAUGAUGAUGACAUCAAAGUAGGAUUUGUUGGGGGAGCUGAUGGAUUUGGAUUUGACAGAAUACAGGAUAUAUAUACAUUAACAAUGUCAUAUCAACAGAGAAUAAAAGAGCACAGAGUUAUUGAGGACAGACUGAUAAGUAAAUUUAAAACCAUGUUUGAUUUUGAGAGGUAUGCAAAUAAUACCCUAGACUGUGAACUAUUGGGGAAGAUAAAGAAUGUAAAAACUUACAGCACUGACACACCUGUAUACAUCAACAAAAUACUUAGUAAAUGUGUGACAGAUCUUAAGGAUGCAGAUUUUGUAUUGUCAACUGCUCACAAAGCUAAGGGGUUAGAAUUUAGUACAGUUAAAGUAACAGAUGAUUAUGGUGUUGAACCCAUCCUAAAGAGGUAUUAUGGGAAUAAACCUCAAAUAGCUCAGCUACCAUUGUGUCCAGAUUAUGUAAAUAUGGACGAAGGAAAUCUCUUGUAUGUAGCAGUUACCAGAGCUAAACAUGCCUUACUCAUGUCGCCUAUAUUGAAAAUUAUUUUGGAAUUAUGUGGCGAAAGAUUUGAACACCCAGUCCAUAGUCACCAACUCCAGGAACAAGGUAUCAUCAUGAAGUGUAGAGAGUCACAGCAAGAAUUCAAACCCUAUGCACUAACCAUACAGAAAAAAGUAGUCAAACUGAGUGAAACCAAAAUAUUUCCGGGGGGAUUAAUGUCGCCACAAACAAUUACCAAUAUGAGGAAAGAACUGAGCCAGUUAUAUGGAUUGUUGGGAGAUGGCAUAAAGGACAUAAAUGACAAUGAGGAGCAGCAGGAGGAUAUCAGUGAAAAUGAAGAGAGUGAUAGUGACUCUACUGAUUAAGUAUUUUUAUCCAAUACAAUAUACACAAAUUAUAUGUUGGUUUAGAAUUUAGGAAAAAGAUAUGAAAUAAAACAGUUUUUCAUAAAUUUUGUGUUCCCAUCUUGUUCAUUAAAGCAACUAUCGGUAAGUUGUGGUUCUGAUCCAAUGUGUACAGCUUGUGUAUUUAUUCAUAACAUGUAAAGUGGAUUUUAAGCAGCAUUCACUGAUUUAUUUUCUACUGGUGUGAUUGUUCUACUCAUUAGAAUAUAUGAAGUUAAUUUAUUCAAGCAUGCCUUGUUUGUUUGUUGGAUCUUAUAUCCAUAUUUAGGCAAAGCAAUUUUAAAUUAAAUUUGUGUUUAUUGUCAAAUACAAAAUCUGACACACAGAAAAUAUAACCACAUAAACAUUUACAUUCUUACAGUACAGUCAGGAGUGCUACUUGUACAAGUUAUUUUUAUUUUCUCCAAAAAGAUACUUGUUUAAGUAAUUUUUUUAACACUUCCUGAAGUUCUCAAGUCUGAUAAAAUAGUUAAUGGGGUAUACCAGAAUAGAACCACACAUUUGUAGCAUUAUUUUAGUGAAAAUGUUUUAUGUUGUUUUUUUGUUAAGCGAGUUACAGUAACUAUACAAAGGUGUAUGAAGAAGUGGUUAACAUGGUGCUUAACAUAUUGUGUUAUGAUUAUUACAUAAGUCCAAGUUUUUAUUCAAGUACUGUACAAAUGUAUUAUCUAGUCCAAGUUUUCAUUCAUAUAUUUUCUAGUCCAAAUUUUCAUUCAUAUUAUUAUGUAUUUUGUUGUUUUAUUCAUCAUGAUGAAAAUCAGGGGUAUUAGUUUAAUAAAUAUCCAUUUGUCCAUCUGUAUAGUGGGUACAAGGGUUACCCAUCAUACUUUUAUGAUGGAACCUUUAAAUUGUUUAGACUAUUACGCGGUGCAUUACGUUUGCACGCAUUACCAUUACAUUUGCGCACAAAAAUAAUUACGUUUGCAUGCAGCUUUUGAUUACAUUUGCACGCAUUUUUUUGAUAGGUAAACUGAGGUAAACUCAGGUAAAAUACAGGUUAUAAUACUUAUUGAUUUAUUAAAUUGUUCAAUUAUUUACAAGUAUCAGUACCCCUUUUGUUAGUUUAAGUCCUAAGGCACAUAUUUUGAAAGAAUUCAAUCAGUAUUUUUUAAGGGAAAAUACAGGUAAUCAUGAAUACUUAUUUAUUUAU